AUGCUGCAAAUGAUCGCCAUUGAGGAACGGAUGCCACUGCUUCCUACCGUGAACGUCAAGCCCAUGGACAGGUUUGUUUACUGGCUCAUCGACGACGACGCGGCUGCAAAAAGAGAAGCUCCCGAGCGAUGCUAG